UGCGCAUACUCAAUUUAAGCCUCCUUGCUGGAAAUUUGUCCGACAUCGAUUGUAACUUGCGCGAGUAACAGUUAAAUCAUGGAAAUAACGUAAGCAAGAUGGUUCUGUUUCAGGGAAUUCGUACAGGACCGUAGACCUGUGAAAACAUCCUUACCACAAUUUUUCUUUUACGGUUUCGUUCGUUGUUGGUUUUAACUACCCCGAUAAUCUAUUAGCAAGUUUAUUGAAAUCGUACAUUUAUACCAUGACUCCCAUUAAGACUGCAGUCCUUGGUACAGGCAUGUCUGCCUUCAUUUUUCAUUUCCCUUUCUUGGAGUCGUCCCCAGAAAAGUAUGAGAUUUAUGCUGCUUGGGAGCGUCGUGCAACUCCCGAACACUCCAAGGCACGUAAUGCCUAUCCCAACGUCAAGGUGUAUACCCAGCUUGACGAGCUUUUGGCUGAUUCAAAUGUAGAAUUGGUGGUCGUAUCUCUUCCUCCUGAUGCUCACGUGGCAGCAGUUACUGCUGCUUUAAAUGCAGGAAAGCAUGUCAUUUGCGAGAAGCCAUUUACACCCACAUAUGAAGAAGCGAAAGGGUUGUUUGAGUUGGCUAAGUCCAAGAAUCUCGUAUUAGCCAUCUAUCAAAAUCGCCGCUGGGAUGGUGACUUUUUGACCGCUAAAAGCGUUAUCGACAGUGGCCGUUUGGGUGAAGUCGUUGAAUUCGAAUCUCAUAUUGACCGUUUCCGUCUGUUCCGUAAGGGUAACUGGAAAGACGUACCCAGUCCUGGUUCUGGUUUAGUUUAUGAUUUGGGUGCUCACUUGAUUGAUCAAGCAGUGCUUCUCUUUGGCGUUCCUGAAUCUGUUACAGGAAAGGUGUUUUGCCAACGUCAAAUUCCUCCCUUGGAAGUAGAAGACAACUUUACUAUUGUGUUACAUUAUCCUGCUAAGGAGAACAAGCUUCCCGUUGAAGUGAUCUUGCGCUCCACUAGUAUUUCUUGUGGGGUCGCCUUCCGUUAUUGCAUCAAGGGUACCCGAGGCACGUUCUUGAAAUUUGGUGCAGAUCCUCAAGAAGGUCAACUUAAUAAGGGCAUGAAACCCUCAGAAGGUGGCUAUGGUCAAGAAUCUUCUCAAGACUAUGCUAAGCUAUGGACGGUUCCUGUUGAUGCCGAUGUGAAAGCACUUCCUGCACCUACUUUCAGUACCGUGCCUACUAUUUCCGGAAAUUACCUCGCAUUUUAUGAAGAGGUUUAUAAUGUCCUCUCCGGCAAGUCCUCUGCCAUUUCAGUUCUACCUGAACAAGUCUUGACAGUGGAAAAGAUUAUCGAAGCUGCCUACAAGAGUUCUGAAACUUCGGCUUCUGUGAAGAUUGCCUAGAUUACAUGCUUAUGUUUAUUGAUAAAUUUUAUUUAGAAACCUCUUCAUGCAAUGAAUGAUUCCUCUAUUCGAUCAAUUAAUGACAGUAGACGAUAUGCGUCGUAAGGAGUUGGAUUGAUAGAAAUGCAAUUGCUAAUUUCAUCUAUCUACUGCCAUA